CAUUUCUGUAUUCUUCUCAGUCAUCUCUCCGAUGAGCUCUCUCUCUCGAACGCCGGAAUUCUGGAAUUGAGAGCUGUUCAUGAAAGCCAUCAAUAAGAACACAAACGGCUAGUAUUUGCGCUAUGUCGAUUGAAACAGAGCGUUUAAACUGAGUUCAUUUCACAUUUUGUACCCACACCGCUGGAAUAUCUCUUCCAAAUUUUAGUUUGCUUCGCUCCUUUUGUGGGGAUUUGUUUGUCGGAGUUUCUAGGAUCUGAUUUUGCGGAGUUUUGAGAGAGCAUUUGAGGAUUUAUCCGGCAUUUUCUGAGAUUUGUCUGUAUUUUGUUCAUAAUGUUUGAUGGGUAUUACAGCUCUAAAAGGACUGAUGGUGUUUGCGCCCAGGGGCCUCGUGGGGCUUUUGGUUUGUCUAGAUUACGAUGUAUUCUUCGAGGGUGGAAUUUGAAGAUACUAAUUUCUUUCUUUGUGGCUGUUCCACUCUUGAUAUUGUUCAUAUAUCUUCAUGGCCAGAAGGUCUCUUAUUUCCUUAGACCUUUAUGGGAGUCUCCUCCAAAGCCAUUUCAUGAAAUCCCUCAUUACUAUCAUGAAAAUGUAUCCAUGGAGUCUCUCUGCAAGCUUCAUGGUUGGACGAUGCGUGAAUUGCCUCGACGAGUUUUCGAUGCUGUUCUGUUUAGUAACGAAGUCGACAUCCUAACUAUCAGAUGGAAGGAACUGUAUCCUUAUGUGAGUCAGUUUGUGCUUCUCGAGUCGAACUCGACGUUCACUGGUCGGACGAAGCCAUUGGUAUUUGCAAACAACCGGGAACAGUUUAGCUUUGUCGAGUCGCGGUUGAAUUAUGGUAUGGUAGGGGGAAGGUUUAAGAAAGGAGAGAAUCCAUUUGUUGAAGAGGCAUAUCAAAGAUUGACUUUGGAUCAGCUAAUUAGGAUAUCAGGGAUAAAAGAUGAUGACUUGUUGAUCAUGUCUGAUGUCGACGAGAUCCCGAGCGCUCACACGAUAAACCUCUUGAGGUGGUGCGACAAUAUUCCGCCCAUACUCCAUCUACGGCUAAAGAACUACUUAUACUCCUUUGAGUUUUAUGAAGAUGAGAACAGCUGGAGAGCUUCUGUCCAUCAGUACAAGCAUGGUAAAACACGGUACGCUCAUUAUCGUCAAUCCGAUGAAGUCUUAUCGGAUUCGGGGUGGCAUUGUAGCUUUUGCUUCCGUCAUAUCAGUGAGUUCAUAUUCAAGAUGAAAGCAUACAGCCAUUACGACAGAGUCAGGUUUUCUCAUUACUUAAACCCCGACAGAAUUCAGGACAUAAUUUGCAAAGGAGCAGACCUAUUCGACAUGCUUCCCGAAGAGUACACGUUUCGGGAAAUGAUCGGGAAGAUGGGACCGAUCCCGCAGUCUUACUCGGCCGUUCAUCUCCCAGCAUUCCUGCUAAACAAUGCUGAGAAGUACAAAUACUUGUUACCAGGCAACUGCAAGAGAGAAAGUGGCUAAAUUAUGAAGGAACAAGAAAGAAAUGGCUACACAAAUGAUGAACAUAAAGAGAUACCUAUUCUGGAAUCUGAUGGACUCCACAUUGUUGCAGCUGAGGAAACUGUCUGUAAAACCACCAUGUUUCUUCAAAGUGGCAUCACAUUUCCCAAGCUUCUCUUAUGGGUAAUGCUUAGGUAACACUGUAAUUUCCACCAUCUCUCUGUAUUGAUCUUAGAACAUUGUCUAAUACUCAUUUAUUCUUUUCUCAAUACUUUUUCUGUCAAUGAAAAGAAAAGUUAAUAGUCUUAGAUAUCA